AUGCCCAAACUCGUCGACCAAUACGCUGUUUUUGAGGAAGUCACAAUUGUCCCUACUCCUACGGCUUACGAGCAGAUCACCAUUACCGCCGACUUUGCUAAGCAUGCUCUUGCUCUUGCUGCCUUCCCUCUCUUGACUGGCCUCUAUGCCAAGCGAGGAGCUAACCAGAAGCCACUCAAGGCCUCUCAGAUCGAGUUGAAGGCUCUCAAACAGUUUAACACCAAUCUGGAGACUCUCACUGAGUGGUACUCCAUUCUCGUUCCCGUCGGCUUUUUCUACACCAAAUUUUCCGCCAACUCUCUGGGAAUCAUCUCGUUUGUGUGGACUAACAUGGUAGGACUCGUUCGAGAGGACGCUCCUUCGAUUAUCAAGCUGCUGGAGACCACUGGACUCAUUGGAGACUACGUUACCUGGAUUUCGGGUGUCACUGGUUUCUCAGCUCUCAGUGUGUGGAUCUAUCGACAUCAGGUGAGACGACAGAAGGAGCAGAAGUUGCCGGUCAUUGGUGUUCCUGAGGUUUCACUCGCACUCUUUGCUGCCGAGUUUGCCUCUCUUGUUCUGGUGCCUUCUAACCCGGCCCUCAACCAGCACACUGGGGGUCCUCGAGUUCACCCUGUAAGAUGA